CAAAUCAUAGUUGAACUGCUCCUUAAACGUCUGUCCAAUUGAGUUGAAUUUAUCUGCACGCGGUGCCUUCACGGUGCAGUUGUAGAGGAACGCAUAUUGACGCGCAAUCGCUUUGCACUGACGAAGUGCCGCAGUUAAAGCAUUUGAGCCACGCAGCAUCUCCAUUUCUUUGGUUGUGAAAUAUAGUACAGUAUUAUACUUCUCCGGCAGCAAAUCGAUAUAGGGUUUCCAAAAGCUAUCCGGUUUCAAUGCCUCCAACAUUAAUACAUACGAUAGUUUUAGAUUCGACAUCGAACCGAAUUGCGUUGGACUAUAUUCUAAAUCCAUAUUCUCCUCGGAGAGUAUAAGCUUGCGCGGUAUACUAAAUAGCACUUCCUCUUCGGCUAUAUCGCGUGUGGCCUCUAAGCCUAAUUCGUAGCCUUGAAAUUGUGCUAUACGCACACCAUCAAAACGCAAACCAUUUUCAGUGGCCCAACGAUAGAAAUUUUCAAUGUUAGCCAAACGCGCUUCUGUAGUUUGAUUGCAGGUGGGGCGGCGCAAAGGCGUUUCAAGUAUUUGCACACGAUGCAACAGUGUUUGGAUUUCUAAAUAUUGCUCCCAUUCUUCUUUUGGGUUUGCGGGCUGCUUAAAACCUAUUUCGAGCAAUGCAUUGAUAAGUGAGCUCAAUUCGUUGUGCUUUUGCAGAGUCAGCGUGGGUCGUUUAAUUGGCGCCUGUUGUUGUUGCUGUGGUUUCGUAGAUGACUGUGCAGCGUGUGCGUGGGCGAUGACAUUGGCUGCAGACUGAUUCUUAUUGCUGGCCGAUUUAUUAUUUUUAUUUUUGUUAUUCUUUCCCAUCUUUACACCUUAUAUUACAGUUACACUUUAUGCUUGAAUUCACUAUUUUAACUGAUUCACAAAUUUUUAGCAAGCUUUGUUUGUUAUUACACACACUUUAUUGAUGAAAACAAACAACUGCACCCGUAAAAUACAAUGGAACACCCGAAAAGGUAAUGCACGUGCCGUCAACUUUUUGCAGAAAUCGAGAUGGCAAACAGUCAAAAAAAGAGCAAAAGACAACACAAAAAAUUCCAAUCAGAAAUUCCUCAGCACUUGAAUAUGAAAUGAAAAUUCCUCCAAUAAGUCUAUCAUUCACAAUUAUUUUUAAUACUUUGCCUUAUCGUGAAUGUUUAGUGUUGUUGGUAAUUCAGCGGCUACUAUAAUUGUUUACAUUGCUACUGACAGAUAGUUUAUUUACAGAUAUCGUUUGUGUUUUUUAAAAUAAAAUGCAUUAAAAUGCGUUUGCGCGGCCGUAUUGCGUAUAAAUGUUUAACUCUAAUCGUAGUAACAGUGAUUAUAUUGCUGUUUUGCAUAGAUUACUUUGCCACCAAUGCUAAAAGAGACGAGUUUUUGACGCACCUGCCUCCACUAGAGAAGGACGUGUCACAGGAGCAAGCAGCGCCACAAAACAUUGAAGCUGAUUUAAAACUAAAUCGAUUGGUGAAUUUAACUGACUUUAAAUAUGAAAUACCGAAUGAUGUGUGUCGCGAAAAUGAUAAAGGACUGUUGGCCAUCAUUAUUGUAACAUCUUAUGCCGGACAUGAUGAGUUGCGCGCUGCACACCGUUUAGCAGUACCACAGAGCAAACUGGCCGAAAUGGGCAUGCAACGCAUCUUUCUGCUAGCUGCUCUGCCAACAACGGAAAAAUAUAUAACACAAAAGCAACUGCUAGAUGAGCAGAAACGCUUUGGAGACAUAUUGCAAGGCAACUUUCAGGAAGCCUAUCGUAAUCUGAGCUAUAAACAUGUGAUGGGGUUGCGUUGGGCUGCCACCGACUGUCCCAAUGCCAAAUUCAUUAUAAAAAUAGAUGAUGAUAUAAUAUAUGAUGUCUUCCACUUUCGGCGUUACUUGGAGUCACUGGAAGUGCAACAACCAACUUUAAUUGCCUCACAAGCAUAUUUAGCCGGUUAUGUGCUUAAUGCAAGACCACCUGUACGUAAUGUUGCCAAUAAAUGGUACGUUUCCGUACAUGAAUGGCCUAAAACAACUUAUCCCGCCUAUCUCUCCGGCUGGCUGUAUAUUACUAAUCCGUCAACAGCUUUGCGACUGGUGGAGGAAGCACAGCAAACACCUUUCUUCUGGAUUGAUGACACUUGGGUUACGGGUAUUUUGCGUGAGAAAUUAAAUAUAUCGAUGCAACAUUUAAAUGCAUGGUACUCGGCUAAUGCGGAGUUUAUGGAUUGUUGCGUACACGAUCUGAAAAGCCAGAGUAGCUAUGAGUGUGAAUACUUUGUGGGACCCAAUGGUGGUGAUAACAAAAUGCUAGUUGAAUUUUUACACAACGUCGAAAAAUGCUACUUUGAUGAAUGUAGCAAGAGGCCACCAGAAAAGUCGUUGAAGAAAACUUGUGUCGGCAGUGCAAAACAUCUAUUACCCGAUCAUGGCAGCGGACAAGUGAAGCAAGUGGUUUUGUGAUGAUGAAACGGGCUUACUGCGAAUGUGAUAGGAAUCUCAAGAGUAACGUCCAUAUUUUAUAUCAUAUACUCAAUAAGAUAGACUGUAGUGUUUUUAUUGCAAAUGUACAUACAUAUAUAUUUAAAUAUAUGUAUUUAAUUAUAACUAUAUAAUAA